CUCGGCAGUAGUGGGAGCGCGCAGGCGCGGCGUGCGACUCACAGAGCGCGGAGUAGCGGAGUGGGACCCGCUGUGAGUGUGGCGACCGCGCGGGGCUCCUGGCUUGGGAACGUGGUCCGAGUCCAGCGUCUCAGGAGGGAUUGGGGAAAUCAUUAUCCAGGGACCUGCUGGAGACCACUAGAAAACAUGGGGAGAGUUUUCCUCACGGGAGAAAAAGCCAAUUCCGUUUUAAAGCGCUACCCAAGAGCUAAUGUACUUUUUGAAGAAAUAAGACAGGGCAACAUUGAACGUGAGUGCAAAGAAGAAGUCUGCACAUUUGAAGAAGCAAGAGAAGCUUUUGAAAAUAAUGAAAAAACUAAGGAGUUUUGGAGUACCUACACAAAAGCGCAACAAGGAGAGAGUAACAGAGGAAGUGACUGGUUUCAAUUUUACCUUACCUUUCCAUUAAUCUUUGGCCUUUUCAUUAUCCUCCUUGUCAUUUUUCUAAUCUGGAGAUGUUUCCUAAGAAACAAAACUCGUAGACAGACAGUGACUGAAGGCCACAUCCCUUUCCCUCAGCACCUUAAUAUUAUUACCCCACCUCCCCCACCAGAUGAGGUAUUUGAUAGCAGUGGAUUGUCUACAGGCUUCCUGGAAUAUGUAGUUGGGCGCUCAGAUUCUGUCUCCACUCGCCUAUCCAACUGUGAUCCCCCGCCAACCUAUGAGGAAGCCACUGGCCAGGUGAACCUGCGGAGGAGUGAAACAGAACCUCAUUUAGACCCACCCCCGGAGUAUGAGGACAUAGUCAACUCCAACUCAGCCAGUGCCAUUGCUAUGGUGCCUGUGGUCACCACCAUCAAAUGAAGCUGCAAACUUCUUUUUAUUCUAAUCAUUUUUAAAAUACUAAUGAAAGAACUUUCUAGCACUUUACCACUACAUAAAUGUGCAUUGACUUAUUUUAUUGGACUCUUACAGCAUACCACUUCACACUUUCUGGUUUGAUUUUCUUUCAUUUUGUUUCCUGUUAUAAAAUCAUUAUCCAUGCUCAUUUUUGCUAGAGGAAAUAUAUGAAGAGGAAAAAACAUACUAGUGGGAGUCUUCAUGUGAUGUGAUGAGAUAUACAUAUACGUGAGCAUAUGUAUGUGUAUGUAUAUGCAUAUAUGCAUGUGUAUGCAUCAACCCAGUAUGUGUAAAACUGUAUUUAAAAAUUCAUUAACUUCAAUCUAAAUCACCUAGAAAGAAACCAUUACUCACCAAAACUGGAAAGAAAGGACACCAAUUUGUGUUAUAGCCAGCAACGUGCUGUAGAAUUUUGCAAACAAGAUGUACUUAGCAUGUUUUCUAAUUCUUACUAGCUUUUGUUAACUUCCUAUUACUUCAUCUACCUUAGAAGGAAAAAAAAUGCACAUAGUCAUUCUUUAUUUUAGAAACAUCUUAGAAAGAGAGUACAUGAGGACACAAAGUGAUAACUUGCUUAAAAGAACAUCAUCAGUCAUUAGUGGCGUUUGGCUUGUUUUGUGCUAGGGAUUUUUAUUUUUUGAUUGACCACACCGCCUACUUCCAAAAUUGAACAGUGUUUUCUUAGCAUCUGUGAAUGUCGUGUGCUAUAUGUAUUAACAUCUUGAUGGAGAGGAUUUCCUGGCAACAAAAUAAUUUCUAAAGUGGAUAUAUGUAUUAAUGACAGGCAGUAGAUACCCAUUACUCCUUUACUUUCUUCUCACUGUUUUAUUGUCUUUCUCUGUGCUGUCUACUCUCUCUCCUGCUGCCACAGAAUCAUCAAACCCCAAGAGUUUAGUUAAAAUAAAAUUUUUUGAAAUUAUUUUC